GACCUUUACAGGGCUAUUUUUGAAGGUCAUUAAAGGAUCGCUUCACUGCAUUUAUAAACCGUCUACAAUAUAUUCGCCGUCAAUCCAAAAGGACAUUUGGAUCAAUAUAUCUACCCAACAAAGUGUGAAAUAAAAGCUUUGUCUGCAUCAAUGUACUCAUAACAAUUAUGUCGGGCUCAGAAGAGGACAGUAGCAUUUUUGUUAAAAGACUGUAUGCUCGCUAUACCAAAGAUGGGAUUAUAACUCCACAAGCUCUUGUCACUUGGUUUGUUGAUUAUUUAAAUUACCCAUUUAUGUAUGAUGAAAAAUGUAAGUCUAAUUUUGGCUUCUUCAAAGAUCCUAAAGAUACAAAGAACCAUCCAUUUCAGAUUGUUUCUUUUAUUACUCGUGAUGCCUUACAAAGCAACACGACUCUACGGUUUUCAGAAAAGACAGAGCUGUUUUGUUUAUAUCAUUCUUACCGAUUUACUUUUGUCAUUGACUUUAGUUGGUCGACUUUGUGUUCAAGCGCAGAUGGAACAUGUUUUGUAAACAGUAUUGUAAAAACAAUCAACCAAAUUUUUUACAUCCUGUCUGAACCCAGUUCUUAUAGCUUUCCUGGGACUGGUUACAAGUUGUCCAAUUUUACAGUAUUUUGUUCAGUGAUCGUUGUUGUUCCUAACUCAAAGUGCUAUACGUUAUUGUCUGGUUGGGUUGUUAACACUAAAGAAAUUCCCAAUAAAAUAGCAUAUAUUUCUCGUUCACUUGUGAAACUUGAGCGUAAGUUUUUGGAAGACAUUAAAAAUAAGCGUGAUGACUCUAAAUGUACUGGCAGACGAUACGUUUUCUUAUCAGACCUACUUAGACAUGGGGCUCUAUCUGUGUCAUUACUGACCCCUACCUCAGGACCUGCCACAAUCUUGUUUUUUACACACGGCUGUUUUGCAACAUCUGAUUUUGGUGUUCCAGAAUUAGUAAUGUCUCAUUUAAAUGUAGAACAUGUUCGAUGUGUUUUCAUUUUGAUGACAGACAAUAUUACCCCUGAUUUCCACAAACCAUAUACUCCCCAUAACACGUCUAAACCAUCUUCUCUCAUGACCGCGGGUAUUCAGCAAGUGGAGUUGUGUAGUGUCUUAGCCAAUAACACCGAUGGAUUCAUCGUCAAUAUCCCGAAUGAGUCUCAAAAUUUAGCGGUUCAGAUGAAUUCAUGGAAUAAUUUGGCCGAAUCUUUGUUAGCCGUCCCCGUAUUUCGUCGUAGCGAGUAUACAGAAUGUUAUAGUGAUUUUAACCGUGACUCCCGAGUCAUCGUCAAAGCAGGUUCAAAAAUUGUAGAAUUGCCUCCACAUAUCUUGUUAACAACAAGAUUAAAAAGUGGAUUCCGACUUAAAUCCAUCUCAAUAACUAGGAAAUCGACUGUUCCAAAAAGCCAUUUGAUUACAGCAGAGGCUUCUGUUUACAAUAAAAAUGAAGAGAUGGAAGCUUGUGUUCCACUUACUGAAAAUGAAAAAAUCUCUAGUAAUUGCGUGGCCACCAAAUUAAAGUUAGAUCUUGUGAUGGUAUGGGGGGUAAAUAUAACAUUCCACUGUUCUAUACGUGGAGGUUGGACACGAAUAUUUCGUUCUCCUAUUGUAACUGGCUCAACUAAUUUUGCUACAAAGAACAUGCAUGAAGACGCUUUGUUAUCUCCCUUUUCUGACUCAUUUACUACUGAAAAGUCGCUGGUAGAAUUGAAAGUUGAAGCAAAUUAUUCACUUUUACGACAGAUUUUUAAUAGACAUUCUUUUCCUAACAGUAAUCUGGAACUAUCGUCAAUGUUUUCUCGUCUUCCAUUGCCUAUUCAAGUGAUAACUUUGAAUGAUUUACUUUUAGUGCAUGUUUAUGAGUUCAGUAGGGAUCCAUUUGUUCGGAAGGUUCCUGACUCAUUUUCUAAUCGUUUGUACCCUGUGUUUGUUAUGAAAAAUAAUCUCCAAGGUGAUUUGGUUGCAACACCUAUACUACAAGAUCUACAACCGACUAAUAAUCCUGACUAUUCAUCCAUUCUACGCUUUAUCAAUUACUGGAGACUUUUCAUCGAUAUUGACCUAGUUCAGUGCUAUCGUUGGAUGGACUUGCAUCACAUCUUUUUACUCUUAGAAUACGACUCACCUCUACCACCUAACAUACAUUUCCCUCCAUCUGACAAGCGCGAUACUUCUCCUCUUUCUUGCCGUCAAGCUCUCUUCCGUGUUCAUACUCUUCUGUCACAAUGGUCAAGUUUUGUUUUGCUCGAAAAUAGUACUUAUAUAAAGUUGUUUCAUAUCGGUGACUUUGCUAUUGGACAACUUGCACAUAAAUCCAGUUCUUUAUCUUCGAUUUCUUCUGUUUCCGGGGCUACCCAGGAAACUAUGGACGCGAAAAAGGUUAGUGAAUGUAAUGUUGGUUGCAAUAAGACAUGUUCGGGGGUUUCCAUAUCAUCUGUAUCUCACUUCUGUUUGAUUCGUCUUGAAUUAAAAAUUCCUGAAGUUAGAUUUUGCAUUGGCUUUGUUAAUAAUACUCCUGUUGAUAUUCAACACGAAAUUAUAGAGUAUCUGAAAACACAAUUAAAGUCUCUCCAUUUUCCACCAAGAGGGCGCCAAGCUAUUCCCAAAUCUAGACACAAAUCUGGCACUUUUCAACAUGCGGCCGAGUGCAAACAUGUUCCACCUCUUCAACGCUCCUGGGAAGAUACACCAUGUUGCACAAUUUUCAAUGCUAGACUUGAUCGUCUUGUAAUAGACUUCGGUACAUUCUGUAACCCUGUAGUAAAAACCUCAGACUGCAUUUCCACUAAUAAAAAUAAAACUGUCAAGCUUGACCAUACCCAUGAAUCUGAACGUGUGUCAAAAUCGUGCAAGCAAAAUCGGCUUUUAUUUUCACGAACCGUUCCAGUAAAUGAUGCGACUAUCAAUCCAGUAUUGUUGGCUCAACAUCUUCGUCAUUCCGUUUGUGUAUGGGCAGUUUUUUCAUCAACUUGGAAGUCGUGUAUGCAGUCAAUAUUCUCAAGUCUUGUGAACGUUCGGCUACAGGAAGGAUUUCAUCUAGCUCGAGUAGGUCCGCAAUCCGGAUUUGUGUCUUUAUUAACUGAACUGGAAAUGCAAUCACUUGAAAUUAAUAACACCGGGACUCCAUGUUUGGUUCAAUAUCAAGUCUAUCCAAUUGUUGACCCUAAAAAUGUAGAAUCUCACGGACAUGAUUUAGGACAUUUGACUGUUAUAAAUAAUUUUUUAAAGAGCCAUAUCGAUGCUGCUGUGUUAGAUACGUUAAAUUCACCUGAUUCCUUCGUGGUUCCCGACAUAAAAACAUCCUCGUUUUCUCCUAUCAUUAUUGCCUCCGAAAUAUGGAUCCAGCCUGUCGAUGGUACUAUUAACCCAGUCCAUUCAGAAGCACAAAACUGGUCAGGAUCUACUUUUUCCGAAUUACCCCGGAUUAUUUUUAAUGAUGACGAAGAGUGCAUAGUUUCAUACAUAACAUUGGACAACUUGUAUAACUUUGUAACUAACAAAUCCAAAGUCUGUAUUAGUUCUCCCAAAAAGAUAACUUUACUAGGUGAUGAUGAUCCAUAUUUUCCACUAGAGUGUCCUACAGAAAUCUGUCUAGUAUAUAGUAGCAUAUCUAGGCUGGUAUCUCGGUGCCCAAACUUAAUUGCUUUGUUCCCUUUAUUGGGGAAUGUUGUCAACAAGAAACCUUCAUCUAAUCUGUCAAAUGAUAUUCAUAACCAACGUAUGUUAACAAGUUUGCAAUCACGUCUCCUAAAUUCGGGUUUAUUGGUUGAGGUUCCAGUUUCUGUAGAUGAAUUGAAAACUAUUCUUACUAAAUGGGGCCACAACAUAAACUCUGAAUGUCCAGAAAACACUGGUGUUGAUCUUCCUAAAUUACGUUGUUUUGUUGGUCGGGGAUCACUGAAACAAUCUGUUGUUGUUUCAGAUGUUAUUGAUGAACCAAAUCCUAUGGUUACGAUGAUUCUUAUACCAGCCACAAUGGGUGAUGUAUUUCAUCCUAUUAUGUUUAGCAUAGUUAAAAACCACCUAGGAACUUCUGAUGUACCAAACCACCCUUCUCUUCCUGUAUUUAUCUAUGCGUGUUCUCGUGUUUAUAUGUCGUAUCUAAUUGAUGACAAAUGGACAUACAAGGCCCCAGAUACUCACGUAAUUGAUAUGCGCUCAAAUGACCGAUGUUUUCUCCAAUCAGAUAAACAUGAAUGUAAUAUUGUUGGUAAGGUAUAUUCCUUGCCAGGUGAAGUCCCAGACUGUUUUCUGAACGUGGGUUGUCAAAAUGAAAGAUUGACUCAAGAGUUGCACGCAUUGUGGUCUGAUUUGAUGUUCUAUACUGAAAUUUUAGAGCACUCGUACAGUUAUGCUUUCAGUGUUGUAAUUUAUCGGAUCAUUUUACAUAACUCCAUUCCUGACACUAAAGAUGUCAAUUAUAUACUUAGGCACUCAGAAGAGUGUUUUCCGAUUCAGCCAUUGUAUGUAGAUCUUACAUCAUUCUCAUUACUUACCUGUUCUCAUCUUUUUCCCUACGUUCAUUUGCUACAUAAAAGAAGUAAUAAACAUUUUGAAGGAAGUAAUUGUUCCAAACCUCUACCUGUUCUGGGUUAUGAAAAGCCAAAACAAUCUUCACUUCCAUUGUGCUUCUUGGAUUCAGAGGACCUAUCAGUUGAAUUUUAUAUGUCUUCCGCCAAUGACUGCGACUGUUGUGAAAUUCAGAGAAGUUGUCUUCUCAGUACAUUUACUGAAUAUCUCAAACCUGUACCAAACUUGGAUGGUGUUUAUGUAUUGUCGAAAUCCAAGUUAACGUGUCGAGGAAAUCGCACAAUCCGUCGUUCUGUAAGUCAAAAUAUCUUAAAAUCGUGGAGUAAAGCCAUAAAUAUUUCUGGUUCUAGGGGAAUCCUCGGUCAAACAGACACUUGCAAUGCAUACAGUAGUUCGGUGACUUGUAACUUGUCGGAAGCUAGCGGAGAGAGCGAGGCUUUGUGGGAUUCACGCACUCUAAAAUCGAAUAAAGAGGUUUCUCAUCGUAAUAAUUCUAUUUCUCAUUGUUCAGAUUCACUACUACGAAAAUUGGUGGAAUGGUUUCAUUUAGUUACGAAAAGUUCCCCCGAUGUUUGUCUCCUAUUCUUACGCAUUCGUGGGAUCUUGGAGUACAAAGGAACAUCUAUCAAUGUGCCUUUAUUUAAAGGGAUACCUACUUUCUGUGCUUCUUAUUUUCACGGGCUUUUAUCAGAACUAAUCUUGAAAAAGGCCUCUCAACACAGCUCAUCAUUCAACCAUAAAGUAUCACAUAUGAGUAGCAGCUCUGCACUAAAAGUCGAUCUAAGGGAAUUAUAUUUUUAUAUCGAGAUUCUACCUAUCGUUAGACCACACUCUGAUUUCUUUCCUUCUCACAAAUUUAACGACAAUAUUUUUAAGAGGCCGCGUCAUAAAAAUAAAACAGAAAUUAACUCAGGCGGUGUACGAAAUCAACAUAUAGAAUCUUCAGAUAUCUCUCACUGCGCUUUUAUGUCCAGUAGUUAUUCUAUUAAUUUGGCUUACUCGACAAUGGAGGAAGAAUGCAUUGUUAUGGAUGGUUGGUUAAACCAAAACUAUGUUUCUGAAAUUCCGUCAAUACAACAAUGUUUUCUUCGUCUCUUCAUUUUUCAAAUGCUGUGGCAUAUACAUGACAAGUCUGUAAAUUGCCUGCGUUCCGUCACUCCAGUGACAGAAAAAUCCCUUGAAACUGUUCUUCAGCACAUUGAAGAUACUUGUAAAGCAAUACAUACUCCGCUCUUCAAUCCUUGUAGCAUUUUAGUCAACUACUCCUAUAUAUCUAGUGAAGACGAACACUCAAAAUCAAAUGUCGAUUUCGAAAAGUCAUCAACUGUGGUAGAAAAACUAUGUACCGUAGCACCGAACUUUCGCAGUCUUAGAAAGCAGGUUCGUAUGCAACGAAUACAAUUGGACUUCGUUUCUUAUGACACUGAUGUGGUUGAUCAGUUUACGAAGUAUUUUGAGAGUAUGCUUGUUUCCCAUUCAUAUGGGUCCCUUCAAUAUAAUAAUGGGUACUACUACCUAUCAAACUUUGAAGAGACUUCUGAAAGCGUUUUAGAGAAACGACACACAAAGAGUAGUUUUUGGGACGGUGACAGAACUAACUAUUUUCCUGGUGUUGGAAAUUUCAGCUCUGGUUUGCAAGACCCAAGUGUUACCAUGGAUAAGGUUUCUUCACAUCAGUCAUCUUUUCCUGAUAGUAUAGCUAUUGCUCAUACUUCAAAAAAGGGGACACUUGCUAGGUCUCUAAAAUAUCAAACCCAUAAGUAUAUGAAUGUUUCAUGUGUUGGUAAUGGGUGGUGUAGAAAUGAAGGAUCAUACUUAUCUAAGCAAAAUCCUUGUCGAACCCGUAGAUCAUACUCACUUUCUAGUUUUGACUCUCAUUAUUCCAAAAAUGACAAUAAAGCUGUCUUUAAAAGUAAGCUUGUUAGAAGCAGUAUAAACCUAUCCGAAAGUAAUUCAAGAAAAAGCAUACAUCCAAUUGCCUUAGAUGAAGAUGCACAAUCAUCAAAAAAAUCUAUGCCAUUUUGGUUUAUAUUCCGUAUUUGUUCCAAUUCAGUUAGCGUUUUCUUUCAUCAUACAGAUUUACACAUCAAGAGCAUUCACAGUCAAAAGCAGUGCCGAUAUUUAUCACUGUCUAGAUUUCCACUCCCUAAAAAUUCAUCAUACCAAAUUUAUAAAGAUAUAUUGUCACUUGAAUGUCCGUACUGCACUAUUUAUCAGAAUGUAGUGAGUUCCAUUUAUUCUGUGAUUCGAAUGCUCAAUCAGAAGCUGUUAUUAAAUAAACUUUAUGAUGAACGUUUUUGUGAUCAGCUUUUGUUGCCUUCCGAUGAAGUGGAUAUGGUUACAAAACGCGAAGUAGUUAGUUCAUCUGAAUGUGAUGAAAGCAACACCCGAAAUGGAUCUUUUACUAAGAGUAAUUUCCGCGGAUGGAAAGUCCGAAAUAAACGUCAUGUCCGGUCAUUCAUUCAUCAUAUACCUCCAAAUGAUAAAGAAAAAGCAGAUUUCAGUUGUCACAAAUUGAAGACACACUCAAAUACUCCUAAUCAUAUCGAAAGAACUAGCCGCAUAAAAUCUUCCAGCAUACUCAAUACCACACAGCAUUCCGUGAAUAUCGGUGAUAAUCAAAAGAAACUCCCACUUCAGCACAAACUCUGGCCACCUGGUGUAUUUGCUUGUCCGGUACAGAUGACUAGCUAUAUUUAUUUACAUCCUCGAGUCUUUCUUAACUGUCAAAUAUAUUCUGUUGAAAAAGGCAGACGCGUCAUUCCUGCCCUUCGUCGGCUUCUGGAAAAUUUAGCCAUAACAAAUCGAUCUAAUAUGUUCUUCCUCAUUGACCACCCUUCCAAAACAGAUUCAAUUUCUGCUACUGCUAGGCAAAAAAGACACGCUUAUUGUGACUCGGAAGUGCAGUCAAUACACUCAUUGUCAGAAUCUUCACAAGACCCUGUGUUUUAUAUGUUAUUGAAAGAAAUUACUACUGCAACAUUUUCAUCCGACCAGCAAUCAGGCCUAUUAGAUAAACGGACAAGUCAAACGGAACCAAAAUAUUUAUUGGAAUCAAAGUUAAGUACCAAGAUAAAUAAAGUCAGGCAUAUUUCCUCAGAUGUUCCCACUUCAACCUACUUUGGCAGUUCAGAAGAGACCGCAAAAAAUAUUCGCAAAGGCAUCCGAUUUGCAGGCAAUUUACAUAAAACUUACAAGCACAACGACCGUAUAGGAGAAAAUGUUUUGCAAAUAACUCUUCAUGGCAUAAGUCAACCUAGCAGGCGACUUUGUUCUUCUGUUCACCAUAUGCUACAAACUCGUUUAGAUGGACUCGUUCUUCAGCAUAUAUCGGAUAGUCUUUCUCGAAACGCCAUUAAUCGUCUUACGUUGGAAGACUUUACGUUUUUACUCAAUAGGCGAAUUGAACAUCCCCUUAUUCACUUUUAUAUCGCACUUCCUGAUUUUCUAACGGGUAAUGAUAGUAGUUUGUUUGUUAGUCAAGCAGUUCUCUCCUUUUGCCACUACUUUCGACAAAAUCUUCUUUUAUUCUUAACUCCGGUUAAAAUUGAUGAUGAUACUAAAAAGCGUCUGAAGGAACUAGGCAAGGCUGAGUUAUAUCUUUUCAAUCGUCCAAGCGCUCAGGGUUUCUCUAAGCAUGGUGUUGCAACUAUCUUGAUUCAGCUUAUGAUAACUUCUGGCGAUAAAACACCUCAAACAAAUUAUGGCUUCACUAGGCCAUACAUUAUUACGGAAUCCUCAUCAUCUGAUGAACCUGCUUGUCCUGGAAUAUCUUGCAACCUGUGUUUUCAAGACAUGUCUAAAGCAAUUAAGAAUUUCUCUGAAGUUAGUAAGUCUGAUUUACAGAAGCAUCCAGUACCAAGACUUGUCUUAUCAGUUCGCAUGUGGGAGCGUGGACAUUCUGAUCUGAGCAACUUAAAGUUGCGUCUGAUGACUUCUGUUCAUCACGCUCUUUACGAUUUAAUAACAGAACAUCUUGUUUUGACUUCGCCAGUAUUUUCGGAUGUAGAAUGCAGCAAUGAUACCUUACAUGAAGAAUCUUCCCAAAACUCAAACAGUAUUGACUUAACAACUUCAGAUUCAAAAGAUACAUUUUUAAGUGCCAAGAAUAUGCCUCUGAGUUCACUUGUUGUUCAAUGGAUGAAAGAAGGAAAAAAUAUUGAAUCACCGCUUGUAACAGAUGUCUCUAUUAACCUUUCGUCUUGUUUAUUUGUUGAACAACUGAUUUCGGAUCUUCUAAAGCCAUUUAUUUCUCAUGAUGAUAAUUUGGUUCUUGAUAGUUCUCCAAAUACCGUUUCCCGUAAACAGGAUUCCACACCAGACUUCUCUUGUGUAUCUAUUAACCCUGGUGGGACAUUUAGUCCCUCUGAAUCAGCAGCGAGUUCAAAUAAUAAAAGUGAAACAAAGUGUGAAGAGAAUGUAGAGAUGUUUAAGCCAGGUUUCAUCAAUAAAUAUAUUAUAGUCGGUCGCAAUCGGAACGCCUGGAAAAGAGCUCUCAAUGUAACUCAGACGGGACAACAACCCAAAUCUAUCGCCGUUCCAAAAUCGUUAGAUAAAACAUCACAUAUCUGGCUCAUCGAAUUUACUUCCGAUUCUGGUAUUUAUUAUGAUGCAUCUUCACGAAUGCAACCACUGAAAGUUAAUAUUCCACCAAAUAUUUGCUCAAUAAACAUUGAAUCUAAUCCACCCAUCAAAAGACUUUAUCGUAAUGAUGAAGCAUAUGCUUGUGAAGCACGCUUUUCAUCUAACAAUGAUGCUAAGCGACGUGUAACUCAGUCAUCUGAUUUUCAUUGGUGCCUUACCGAUAGUUGUUGCAAUUCCGCUCUACUUGUAUCGAAGUUCCCAGAGUUUUGUCCUGUAAAAAUUGGGAUGGUUCAACAUGCAUCAGCUGAUACAAAUGAUAGUGUUCAUUUGAACCAAGCUGAUCGUUCAGAUUCAAAUGAAUUCUUAUUUCAAAAUUACCCUAUGAUACAAGAAAAAUAUGGGAUAAAUAUACAUAUUCCUAGACAGAGCUUCUGUCUUAUUUAUGUAAAUGGGCGUCAUAUUCAAAUGUUCACUUAUAACUGGACAAAAGAAGAAGCUGAACGUAUGUCAAACCGCUUACUAUUGUCUGUUGAAUGGUAUAAUCAACGUUACCAGCUUUUAUGUUCACUAUCAUUUCAAAAAUUGGGCUUGUUUCAUGCAAUCAAUAAUUCAGCUUUUCGAGGUUGUGCUGUUCGUGCUAUGGAUUUGAUACGAAAUACAUGCCCUCCUGAGUUAAACAUUAGUACGGAUUCUCCGUGUACAGCAGUUAGUCAGACCUCAAGUAACUUAUAUAAUACUUCGCCUUUAUCGUCAGUUUCAUCUACACCCAAUGCUCAAAUUUCUGUAUCAAGUGUUUCUAUAAAUAUUCUAUCAGCUGUUACUUCCGUUGCUCGCAGGCGACAUGUCACACCAUCCACAGUUGAUACGAAUACUAACUGUAUUAACAGUAGUAAUAGUUUUCACACUCCUUCCUCACCUGCCUUUCAAACUCAUUCAUUAUCUCUCCAUGGAACAAACAAUUCACGGAUGGAAUUUAAGGAACAUAAAAGUAUCAACAACUUCUUACGACUGUUUCAAGACUGUGGUUAUAUACCUCCUUUGGUACCACCUAGUAAUCCAAACUUACCAUACAUUGAUAUGUUACAACGGUACAGUGAACAAGCCUUAACGCUAAUGCAUGCUGAUAUUCGGCGAUCUCAGUAUAUCGAAUUGUUCAGUGAAUAUUUUAGAAAUUGGCAAGAAGGUGGUAAAAACAAUAUAGCAAAUAAAGAGUCAAAUCCAGUAAAAUCUUUACCACUGAACAAGGAUACUGGACAGAAGUUUUCUCAUUCUAAGUCUGCAGUGGGGUCUGCUAAGGAACUUCUGCUCAGUGAUCAACUGUCCAAACGGCUACAACGUUAUUCGGCUAUUAAACAAGCCUGUCGUCACUUGCACACUAUAUGUACUCCCAUAUUAUUUUGUCCUAAUACACGUUCAAAAGUUGUUCAGCUAAUUAAAGAAGAAGAAAAUGCUAUGAAUAAAACAGCUCAGUUAUACUUCAGUUCUAUUUCACAUCAUUCUCCUUCAGCCACACCUACGGACGUCACUGUUACUUCUGCCACUAAUACCGAUUCUACCAUUGCUGAUUUAAAAGUACAUAAAGAAAUAAGUGAUUCGGACAAAAUGCAUUACCAUACCGAACAAGCUACAAACCAGUGUAAAUCCAUUGGAAAUGAAUUUGGCUCUUCAAAGGAUUUUUCUGUAAAGUCAACUCCUGUGAAACUAAAACAAGUAUCGGACGCCAGUGGGAGUCGUUUUUUAUCCCCAUGGCUAAGUUGGUCACACAAUUCAGCUACUCCGGGUAAUCUUGAUGACACAAAUAUACUUUCAACGGAUAUCUUACUUGCUGAUAACAAUUCAUGUGCUGAAAAUUCUCAACAUCAAGAUAAUAGUUUUACUUCCGUUUUAAACUUCAAUAAUUGGUUACGUCGUGUAGCUCACCAAUUUCUAAUGAAAUAUUCUCAAUAUUUGCAACAAGAAGUAGGCUUUCAUUCAAUACCAAUUCUCAAUAGUUCUAUUUCAUUAAAUAGACGUGAACAGGCGGCAAGACCUAAUGUUAGCUAUGCACUGUUUCGUCGUUCUAUACACUUAGCUGGAGUACAUAUUAUUGAGCUGUUUGUCCGCGAUUUUCAUCUGUUCGUUAGAUUGGGUACCAUUGAAGUUAGUCGUUUUAGUUGGCAUGCUUCACGUUCUGUAACACUUGGGCCGUAUACUUCUGAAGUGAUCUCUCAAACGGCAGCAUCAGCUGCAGCCAGUAUGACAUCAGUUAUGUUCAAUGCAGUUUUCCGUCGAAAUAUGGAGAGGUCAUUUCGUUUGCCUAGUGCUAAUUCUUUUGAUAUCAUAUCUAAUCCAUCAGAUGGGAAGUAUUCUGAUUGGUUUGAGUAUAGUAGUAAUCUUUCGUGGAACGAAUCAAGUAAACUCUGUGAUUACACACAUCUCCAUUCAUUUUCGUACGACUUUCAUUUGCGCGCAAUUCAAGAUUAUUUAGAAAAUCGACGGUGCUUUCAACGAAGUCAGUGUUCUGAUGCAUCACGUAGACCAACUAGUGCAGUUGGAAGUGUAUAUUCUAAUGUGAUUACCAUUCCUGACUACCCUGUCACAAAAUUUCUAGAAGAUUUGACCUGUAUCGCUCAAAAAUUACCACUCUUUUCUCGGGGUUACUUGUGCUGCUUUCCUGUUACAUGCCACGUUAGUUUAUGUCUGCGACCAGACCAAGUUUUUCAUCAUCUUAUCGAAGAACACGCUUCUUACGGUGUAGAUAUUCUUCGCAUGACUAGAAGGGAAUAUAGUGCUUCGCAAACGAAUCCACCAUAUAACAAACAUUUAUCAUAUAAUUUUGCUUUAGUUGAGCAAUGUCAUCCUGAACAGGAAUUUGGAUGUUGUAGUUCACGUUCAGCCAGUUCAGAUCAUCAUUCAAAAUAUCAACCAUGUUCGAAUUUAAGAAUAUCUUCUGAAUCGAAUUCUUCCUCUACCACUAAUAGCAAAGAUCAGUCGUGUAAAUUUUCCGCUUUGGGCAUAGCAAGUGCACAUCACAUUGUUGAGAAUUUAACAAAACUUGAUAGUGAACUUUCUAAUAGACAGUCGAUAUCCCAACCUUAUUCAGUAACGGGAAUUGUUGUUCCUGAUGAAGUUAACGGAACCUAUUCGGAUAUUAGAUCGCCGGUAGAUGGAUCUAUUACAAAUAGACUACUUCAUUUGAUUGUAUAUCUAAUUAUUCUAGAUUCAAAACAUGAAUUUCCGGAAUCUAGACUUGCAAAAUUAAAUUCAAGUUCGUGUACACAAAUGGUGGGUAUUAAAGCUGGAGUUUUGAAUGUAUUAAGACUUAGUUACGAAUUCGCUUAUAAAUGAAGCUGAACUACUUGGUAAGAUUUAGGCGUUAAAGUUCGUUAAAAUUAUUUUUCGGGGAUACACUUUUGAAUGUUUACACACCUUCAGUAACAUCAUAAGUGAGUUUAAAUUCAGUUAUAUAGGUUGAUUGAUGAUUCGUACUUUUCUCUUUGUUUACUUUCAAGUGUCCAGUUGAUUGGCCAGCUAUUCGCCCUUGCGUUGAUCCGUGUUCAUUCACAUAUCAACCAACCCUUGUCAAUCGGAUACCUAGACCAUUCGGCAUUGAGGAUACGGGUGUUUCCAGUUUAACAUCGGAACGUCAAUGUCAAAAUAUGAAUAUUUCCCCUACGGACGCUGGCGACUAUAGGAGGUUGUCAAAGCACUCUGAAAAUACUUUCGACAGCGAUGUACGAUGGCACAUGUCCUACUUAAGUAUGUGUCCUUCUCAUCAAGUUCAAUUACAUCGUGUACUUCGAAUAUCUCAGUCUAAUUUGGAAUCUCGGAUAACACAAUUAAUUGGUCGGUCUGGCGUUGAUUGUCAUAAGAAUCUACUGUGGUACAAACUAUUCGAUACCAAUUCUUCUUUGGCUACCCAGAUUCUCUCGACGAAUAGUCACUCCCUUUCCCAAGAUGUCGUUAAAACCAACUGUCAAGUGGAAGACUCUCCAUAUAUUUCUUUAGGGACCAACCUGAACCCGGUAGAUAGUUACUUAUGUCCUGUUCUGAACCAUCAGAGUUUGUCAAUGCGAGAGAUAGAAGAAUUAGUUGAUUCUGCACCAUUUCAGUUGGAUAUUCUUCGUUUGGAUCCCCGUUUAAUUGAAUUGUUUAAUGUUGGUGGUUGCCAUUUGAACUCUGUCAGUGCAUUGUUAAACAAAGAAUUUAUUGAUUUACAACAGGGUAAUCACCAUCAAAUUGAUCAGAUGAAACUGAAUAUUAGUUCGAAAUUAUAUAAAUAUUCUACAUCGGAGACUAUACCGUGUAUUGCCUACCGAUUUAGCCAUUCAGUUGAGAGCAAAUUGGAUGAAGCAUCAAAUAUAGAUCGUCAGUGUAUACAAAAUUAUAUGGUCUUGUUGUCACCAUCGUUCACUGAAGGUCUUAUAUUUCUUAGUUGGUGUGAAAGUAGUAAUGAUGAAUGUGUUUUAGAUGAAGAUUCUUCAGUUUACACAUCCAGUCCUAUGAAAAAUACAUACUUUAAUGGUGUUAGUACUAGUAAUAGUGGUUGUUGUAUUGAUGCCGGUGAGAACAAUUCGAAAGCAACUCAAAGAUAUCAUAUGGAAAUAAACAACAAUAAAUAUAAGGAUUUUCAAUUUCGCGCAGUUUUUCGAGCUGUUGGUGAUCCAACCAAUCCAUCUUCAAUGCGCCGAUUAAUUGAUUCAGGUAGUGAAAUACAGAAUUUAUUUUUCAAAACGUCAACACUAGCUCUAGUAGCCACUAAUUUCAUUGAAAAACUCAGUUUUUUCGUUUGGAAAACUUUGCACAAUUGAUAAAAUCUUUUUGAUAUAAUUCUGCCUUGUUUGUUCGGUUUAAUUAAUUUGGUUUGAUGCAUUAUUUUCUACAAACUUUUUUAGUAUCAACUCUCCUCUGCUUAAUCUUUUCUGUUGACUAUUUUACUCAUCUAAAUUAAAUUAGUGGCUAAUUUAUUUUUCAUAUUCAUACAUUAAUAAUGAUUCAUGAGGAGAAUUAUGAACGUACUUUUUUUGAGCCGUUUUAUUCGUCUUUCUAUUUUGAUAAACGACAAUAGAACUUUAUUUUAUUGAACAUUUUUCUAUUGUUAACAUGGUGAUUAGGUCAAAUCUAGUGGAGAGUGUAGUUACCGAAAAGCUGUUUUGAAAUUUUACCACAUUCUGAGAUUUAUGUGUGUGAUGAUAUACGAGUUAAUUGUUCAAUCAUAAGUUCAUUGGUUUAACAAUACACUUUUACGGCUCAUAUUUGUGACAUAUAGCUGACCAACGAUAAGGAUAAAAAUCUGACGUCAACCCUUGUAAAUUAAUUUCCUGUAUUUCGUGAUAUAUAUAUAUAUAUAACUUGGUAAGGAAAAGGUAUCGUCUCCAUUGAAUUUAUCGCUUUUCUGAAUGGUAUUUUUCUUACUUUCAAAAGUGUCUUUUCAGAUAAUUUUCAACAAAUAUUUCAACUCAUUUUUACCGGAAAAUAAUAUCAUGAUUCUUCAUUUCUUGAACAGUUGUUGACCGCUUACAAAAAAACGGUGUUUACUACACGUAAUACAAAAUUGGUAUUAAUUAUUUCAAUUGACUCUCAUCUGUAAUGAGCCAUCACCUUCAUUGCGCUGAAUGUUUUUUAUGUUUGAUACUAGCGGUAUGUUCUUACAGGUACAAGAUCAAAAUUUUAUCAAUAAUUUGCAUCGCUGUCAUCAACAAUUUAUGGCUUCAUCAUUAGCUAACCUAGCUUUGUCAUAAAUGUCACUUGUUUCCACAAUGGAUUCAACGAUAAAACCUUCUAUUUCACUCAUGGGAUAUAUAAAGUUUAUAAAAGGUAUUUGUUUUUACCUACUUCUAUCUCGUAUAAAACUAGCUUGACAACAUUCGACGAACACUUAUCAAUAGGUUACAAAACUUUCGGAGCCAUUUAAAACUAGCCAUUGGGUAGCAUAAAACGAUAGGUGGAUAAAACUCGGUCUCACUGUCCAAUAAUCUUAUGUCUAGUUUGAGUGCUGAGAAGAAACAAGCAAAAACGCAAAAUUCACAUGUUCUCUAUAUACUACCAGAUAUGAUCAACUUACUAGUCUACCUAAUUACCUAGUCUUAUUCUUGCUAUGCGAUUCACUUGAACAACUUCUCAAAGUUUAGUAAAACAUCACCGACCCUAGAGACACAAAUUGAAGUUGGAAAGCACUAUAUCGCUUCAGUCUUUACCAGAAUGCUGUGUUCUCUUGUGACCUGGGUUGUAAUAGUUUCCAGAUAUUUCCUCCUGGUUAAGCAAGAAUGUUUGAUUGACGUAAAAGUGAUGGAUUUGCCCUUCAAUCACACAGCAUUAGGUUACAACUGUACAAGAAUGUCAUUCAUUCUCACAGCAAAACACUGCCAUUUCUGAAUAUCUUUAGUUUUUAAUGUUGGGACUUAUAUGCAUGUGACCUUUACCUAUAAUAGUAAUAUAUAUUCGGAAAAUAAUAAUUACAGAAUUCAUACCGGUUUACUGGCAUGAUCUGCUUGAUAUAGUAAUAUUAAGUGUAGAAGACAGAUGUGUGAUAUUAGAUUGUUUGCAGUAUUCUAGUUCAAGAAAUUGUCUAGUUAGUACAUUUUUCACAUGUACGACAAUAAGGAAAAGCUUCAACCAGGACCUUUUGGUUUUUUUAAGUGCAGACUUGUGAUGAGUACACAGGUUAAGCAAUAAACUAAUGAAAAACAAUUUACAAUUAGCAGACUAAAUGACAUCGUUUCAUAUUCCGAAUUCAUACUGGAAAACGAGGUCAAACUUGUUCCCUUAAUAUUUAUGGUGGUCUACUCACUAACGAAUUAUUCAAAGUGGGAAGUCACAACUUUUGUUUAUUUUCUCUUCAAUGAAGGAAUUUUAUUAUUAGCCUUCUUAAAUAUUGUAUUUUCGGUACAUAUAGAAUUCUCAGUGCGAAGUAUUUCAACGAGUUUCCGUUUCUUAUUACUUGGUCGAUAUUGACGUUAAAUGUUGAGCGAUCGCCAGUUAGAUGUUAUAAUUUCAGAAAUCGGCAUCUAAAUAAUGUUCAUGUUUUUAAAUCUAUGUUGCCAGCAAUCACGAUGUCUCCGAUUGUACAUUUUCGUAACUUCUACUGAGGAAGAUCGUAAAAUUUUCAAGCACACCUGAAUAGGUUAUGCAAUUAACUGACAUAAUGAUCUGUUAAAAUAAAGAAGGAAACAGAUAACUUGUUGAAAUAUCUAGAUGGCAGGAACAGGUAGCCCA